GUUUUUCCUAUUUUCUAUCAGGGUGGAAGUGAUAUAAAUGGAAAACUAGAUGAAGGUGCUGCAAGUUUGAUACUUGAUACAAAGCCAUCAAAAGUCGUAUCUGAUGAAAGGACUGUGCAAGUCAGGUGUUCAUUGGUUUAAAUGGAUUUUGAAGGACGUUCAGAUGGAAGAUCCAUUAAAAAUAUUCUCUCUCAUGUGGCUCCCUUGAAGCUGGUUUUGGUGCAUGGAUCAGCUGAAGCUACAGAGCAUCUGAAACAGCACUGCCUGAAGCAUGUCUGUCCACAUGUUUAUGCUCCCCAAAUUGAAGAGACAAUUGAUGUUACCUCUGAUUUAUGUGCUUAUAAGGUUCAACUGUCUGAGAAGCUCAUGAGUAAUGUACUCUUCAAAAAGCUGGGAGAUUAUGAAAUAGCUUGGGUUGAUGCUGUAGUAGGGAAGACAGAAAAUGAUCCGCUUUCGCUGCUCCCUGUUUCUGGAGCAGCUCCUCCGCUUUCACUUUCGCUUUUCCUUUAUAAAGUUUCCUUCUGCUUUAUGAUCCAUUAA